AUGGCGGGUGCCUUGCCCGGGGCUGCAGCGCCCAUGGCUGACCCUCUCCUUACAGUGACCUCGCAGAUGGCCACUGCUGCCAAGCGCCGAGAGGAGCCACUCCGUGGGCACGGGCAGAAGGACAGAGCCUCCUCAGACCCACAGCAGUCCUUGCAGGAGGCACUCUCCUUGCUCGGCAGUGAUGACUGGGAGCUGAAGGAGAAGGGACUCUUCAUGAUCAAAAUCCUGGCUGGGUCCCAUUCAGAGGUCCUGCUUUUUAAACUUCAUGAGGUUUGCUUGGCAGUCACCAGCGAGGUGACCAACCUCCGUUCCAAGGUGUCCUACUCUGCAAUUGUCACUCUGGGAGAGCUCUUUGUGACCUUGAAGAAAGACAUGGACUCUGAGGUGGAUGAGGUUCUUCGGGUCCUUCUCCAGAUGGUCUGGAACUCCUCAGAGUUUGUUCAGAAAGCAGCCAGUCAGACCCUGGGGAUCAUGGUGGAGAAUGUGACUCCUGCACGAGCAAUGACUGCCCUCAUGGACAUGGGAGUCAAGAGCCGCCACGCCCAGGUGCGGAAGUGUGCGGCCGAACUCCUCCUGUCCCUGAUGGAGAGAAUUGGAGUCACAAAGCUCGCAGGAACACCCAGGGCUGAGAGGCUGGCACACGUGGCAGGGAAGCUUGCUCAGGACUGUCACAAGGACACAAGGCAUUAUGGACAGGAGAUGGUGAGGAUAUUGCUGAGUCAUCAAAAAUUUAAAAUGCUUUUGGAACGAUCUCUUUCCACCUGUGACCUGGAAGAUAUCCUGACAAGAAUUAAGAAGAAAGGGAUGGAAAACCAAAAGGCUGAAUGCCCAUCUGUCAAGGAGCUGUUGAAGAAGAGGAAUGAUGGCUCGAAGAAGCCCCAGGCCACAGUGCCUUCUAGCAAACGGGUGAAAUCUACAUCUGAUGGACGCCUCCUACACCGUGCAAAAGCCCAGGUCAUGUUACCUCCAGCCGUGGAAGGAAGGGAGUCACUCCAGAAGCUUUACCAUCUCCUGGAAGCCAAGGGGUUUCAGACACGGUUGGAAGGAGUGGCACUCCUCCAAGACCUGUGCAAAACCAGCCCCCAGCUCAUCUGCACUAACAUUGUCCAAAUUUUUGAUUAUUUUGUCCUGAGAAUAUCUGACAGCAACAAGAAAGUGAAGCAGAAGGCUCUGGACGUGCUGGCAGAAAUCAUAGGACUCCUGGAAGAUGCCCUGAACCCAGUGAUGAUCCGUUUGGUGGAGGGAAUAACAAAGAACCUGAACUCAAAGGAUCCCAGGGUUCAUGCCAGAGCUGUGAAGGCACUGGAUGAAUCUGUUGCUCAUUUGAAUAAAGUAUCACUGCUGAAAGAGUUCAGCCACCAAUGGAGCAAACUGAGUGGCCAAGCUCUGCUGGAUGUCACGGAGCGUAUCACAGGUAUGGCCUCCCCUUCUAAGGCAAGAGCUCUUCCCAGGGAGUAUUUACAAGGAAUGCCUGUGAACAGACAGCAGAGUAGCUCCUCUAAAUCAGAAGGUGCUGAGCUUCUCCCUCCUGCCCAAUACCCAUGGCAGGUGUAUUUGGCAGGUUUUCCCUGGCUGCUGCAGAGCUGUGCAGCAUCUGAGAUGGGAGCAGUGCUCGGCCUGGGGGCUGAGCUCUCACUGGGGCAUCUCAGAACCCACCUCCAGGAGCGGGAGGGGCUAAAAAUACCCCAGCUGGCUCCUCUCUGGGCAGCUGAGGGACAUCUCAAAAGCAGAGGUAGAUUCUUGUUUGCAUUGAGGUUGGUGGGUAGAAGCUGUGUCUCUCUCCCGGCAGUGCUUGUGGAGUGGGUUUAUGCCAGGAGCCCUGAAGUGGUCCAGCGCUAUGCCCUGCCCGUGCUCUGGUCCUUCCUGGAGAACAAGGCAUUGCCUGUCCGAAGCGCCAACGUCUGCACUGUGGUCACCAAGCUUGCCUGUGCCCUUUGCGAGUUGAUGGGCACCCAGCUGAUUAAGUGUGCAGACAGCAAGCCACCACAUGUGCGGGAAAACCUCUCCAGUCUUUUGGGCUGGUGAAGAUAUGAUGUUCUCCAGAAAGCUGACCAAGUGCUGAGUUGGACACCUCCAGAUUUGCCUUUUUAGCUGUGCCAAAAAUGACAAAACACUAAGGAAGGGUGUGCAUCUGCCCCUGCUGACUCCAUCGCCCUUCCGAGUCAUGGCGUGGGGGGCCUGAAAGAACUCCAGACUGAGGACAAGGUGAAGGG